CUUGGACAAGAAGGGGGAGUCCAUUUGAAGUAAAAAGCGCCAGCCCGUCAUCACCGUCCGUCACCGUCACCCAUUGGUUGAAUGGCGAUCGCUGCCGUGACGUUUGCGGGUGUUUCUUUCUUUGUGAGCGCAGCCCGGGUCUUGGUGGCCUGCUCUGGUACCGGCGGGUACCGGUGGUGUCCUGAUGACUGUGACCGGACGGUGUACACUCAUACCGCCCUGCCCGACCUCCAGUUUGUCCCCGUCACUUCCGCCGCACACCUCGGAGAGACCUGACAGCGUAACAAUGUUGAGAUCGUCUGGUGGUGGAUUUUAAGGUGCAGAGAAUGGCAGAGACACAGAGACUGAAAUCCCACUUCCAAUAUAACAAUGAGAAGGCAGUUGCCUAUAGGAAUAGGACAAUCACGAGAGACUUUACAGAAGAGGAGGAAAAGCCUAGAUAGCAGGACCUGUCCUGUAGAGCCCAGUGGGCAGAGUAGAACUGUCAUCAUGGAGGAGUCCCCGUGCCUACAACAGACUAGUGACAAAUGUCACCCAGUGCUGCUCUCCCCAAGUCUGAAAAUAGAGGCUGAGGUGUCUUCAGAUAGUGGAGCUGAAGUACAUUCUGAUGAACAGGAGGAAGGAGGCCAGUGUCUCAGUCCCAAGUCACUUGCAUCACAUUCAAGUUACGCUAGCCUCGCAAGUAUAAGUCCAAUGCCAAGUGGAGUUGAUCUUAAAAGUCUACUGGAUGAUUCAUUUCCCCAUUCCCCUAAUGCAAGUCUUGGCCAGGAAUUCAUUGAGCACACAGACAGUAGUUCAAAGCCUCCUAGGAGGGCAAUAGACAUUCUGAUUGGAGGGGAACGAUUUGUCUUGGGGCAGAGUAGUGCCGACACAAGUCCCCACAGUCCCUUCAGAACCUAUGCAGAUAAAGGGGACGUGCCCUCUGCAACCUUAGACACUUCCAUCCAUGACUUGAGGGAUGAGCUAGCCAAACUUUACAUUAAGAACAUGCAGCAAAUAACACCUUUGCCAUGGAAUAACAAGUUUUUGGUCGAUGUGCGUGACGUCAGUCUGCAUUAUGAAGUCCUGCAGGAAGGAAAAAGGCCAGGAGACAUGCACAGAGUUCGCCUCAAGAGAUUUGAAGACGUGUUUGAGUCUAAGGGACUGCCGGGACCAAGACGGAUUUUCUUCCAGUGCAUCCCGGGGGUCAGAAAGGCCACUCUGCUCAACAAGGUCCCCGUAGAGUGGAGCCGAGGCAGAUGGAUGUUUCUAGUAGAGCGUUUUCAGUUGCUCUUCAGCAUAAAUCUACUAGAUGUGUCUGCUGAAGAUACCCUGUGGGAUACCCUGAGAAGCCAGUUCCCACAGCCGCUGGCUUCUGCUUCUAUUGACAGUGUGAAGGCCUUCCUGCUGGACGAGGAAACACAGUGGUCCACGCUGUUCCUCAUCGACGGCUAUGACGAACGAGCUGACAUCAACGGUGACAUCAGGAAGCUGAUCCAGGGCAGGCUCUUCCCAGACAGUUGUGUGAUCGUCUUCGCUCGCCCCGUGCACUAUCCAGACCUGAUGCAGUGGAUGGACACAAGAGUGGAAAUAUCAGGAUUCUCCAUUCGCAGUGCGUACAGGCUGCUCCAUAACUACUUUCCUGACAACCCCCACAAAGCCGCAGGACUGAUAGCAGCUCUAAAGCAGUACGAGAAUGUGACUGCAGUGGACGUGAAGCGGACCUCCCUGCACAUUUGGCUUUUGUGUGUGCUGUGGGACGACAACCCAAAGAAGCCAUUUCCAGAGACGAUGACUCGGCUGUAUAGUGAAUUCCUGUCCUGUGUCAUCCGUCAUCACAAGGAGCUGACAAGGGAGGACGUUGAUGUUGAGGCAGUCCUGAAUCCUGUCGGGAAGAUCGCGAUGGAUGGGCUCCUGGGGAAGAAAGCUAUCUUCAACCUCAGGGACUUGGAACCGAUUCAGGACGGUAUCAACCUGUUGUUGGAGCUUGGCAUCUUGAGGUCAGGGUCAAAGUCACUUGACAUCAUGGCACCAUCAAGUUUGCUCUUCUCUCACACAACAAUGCAGGAGUUUGUAGCGGGGAGGUAUCUAGCCACACAGCUGCCACAAGAUGGUCCCCACGAGCAUCUGCCAUUCAACACAGUCAAAGAUGCCCUGGCACUUGAGAAUGUCAUCCUGUUUGCCUGUGGUACAGCAGCAAUCGCAGGAAAAGUCAUCCUGUCUCAUCUGGCAAAGAUAUAUGCAGAUGAGCUCCAAGAGCACGAAGAAGCCUACUACCAUGAGCAGCUGCCGACUGCGGAGUUUGAAGAGUUCAGAAGCUUCGUAGUCCUCUGUCUCAGGUGUCUGUAUGAAAGCCCUAUCAGAAAGGAGCUGUGUCAGAGCUGCAUGCUGGACUUUCUGUCCAGACGGGUGAGGUUAGAUUGGAUGGGUGUGCCCUCACAGGAGAGUGUUGCCCUGCAAUGUUUCCUGUGUCUUACAGCCACGGAGGGGCCCAAAAGUGCUGUAACCGACCUUACACUGUCAUUCCACGAUUACUCCCUCAAGAAACCAGAGUACCUGUUCAACAUUCUUCACUAUGUCCCCCACUUGAAGAACCUCACCGUACACCUGGGGAGCUGUUUGGAGAAAGAAUGCGAAGACCUGAGUCUUCUAGACCAGCCGCUGGGCUGUCUUCGAGAACUGUGCUCUGUCCACAUCACCGGGGAUGCCAGACGGUUCACUGGGUUAUCUUUUGCCUUCCUGAAACCAUCCGAGAGCUUCACCAGCAUCACUAUGCAAGAUGUACAGUUGGGAGGGAGGUUAGCAAGGGUGGCAGCUAACUUCAAGUACCUCCCGUGCCUUACCACGUUAAAGCUACAAGACUGCGGGCUGAGUGGAGAGGACGUGACGGCCAUGUCUGAAUACCUGUACCACGUCCCCCUGGAAGAGUUGGAUGUGUCCUUCAAUGAGCUGGGUAACGAGCUCUCUUCCCUUGUCAACAAGUUGGUGGAUCUGCCCUCACUCAGGAUCCUCAGUCUGUGCGACGUGUCACCCACAUUCAGCACCAUCGAGGCAAUUGGCAAAGCACUCAAACACAUGAAUCAACUGGAGGAACUGUACCUGGCUCAAAAUGAGGUCGAUGCCUGGAACUAUCGAGGGUGUUGGGAAGACUUGGUUCAGAAUGUUUGCUACCUGCCGAAGCUGAGGGUGGUGGACGUCAGUCGCUGUCUGAUCGGCUCACACAACAUCGCGCUCCUCAUCAAGAGUCUCAUCCAAACCAUGGUCCAGGUCAUCAACAUCGCCUACAACGAAGCCACCAACGAAACAAUGGAAGCCAUUGAAGAAAACUUGGUGCAGUUGCCAUACUUGAAAACUCUGAAUGUCAGCGGGAAUGAGAUCUCCUUCCACGGCAUCUACUACUUCGGUAAAGCUCUCCACCAAGCGAGAAACCUGACAAACCUCAAUGUAAGCUACAAUGAGCUUGCUGACGUGGCAGUUGCCGAUCUGGCAGGGCGACUGCACCAAGUUGCUGGCACUUUGCGAUCGUUGGACAUCAGCAGUAACCCUAUCACAGAGGAGGGCCUGAAGAACUUUGCCAGCAGCAUGGAACCGAUGCUCGCACUGCGACAGCUGAACAUGUCAGGGGCAGGGUGGCAGUCAUUCCACCUGAGCAACGAAGCUGCACUGGUCAUUGCACAGCUUCUCGGCCGUCUGCCAAGCUUGGUGAGGCUGGAGCUGAGGUGGAUCACCAUGCAGCAAGACGGCUUCCAAGCUGUGGUCAGGGCCGCCAUGAAGCACCCAAAGCUACAGGAGCUGUGGUAUUGCCGGGAGAAAGUCCCCAGAGGAACUGAAGCCUUGGUAGUGGAGGCAAAAAAGCUACUACACUUUGAAGAUGCAAACUGAAGGUUUUUUCUUGUUUCUCCAAAUUUCUCAGGAUAGGCAAUCGCUAACAACCAUCAUCUUUGAAAUAGAAGACAGAAUUUAGAGUGUACUGCUUUGUUCUGUAGUGGUGACUAGAGAAGUGUUGUGAGUUUAAAGAAACUGACAAUCAUUCAUAAGCCAACGAGUUUGUAAGAAUACCCAGAUAUUGCUGCACAUUGAGGUUUUAGACUUGCUAGCUAUAUAGAUAGUGGGAUAUCUUAGGUUAGAUUUGAGGUAGACUUCAAUAUUGUAGUAAUAAUUGAAUGUGUACAUACAUGUAAAAGUUGAUUGUCAUGCUAUACUGAGGACAAUAUUGUCCUAACAUAAGUGUGCAACAGUCUUCCUAAAUUCACAGUUUCAGUAAUUGCUUAUCAAAGGUGGAAAUUCCUCAAUUAUUCUACAUUCACCAUGUGAUAUUUAUGCUUAUUUAUGCCUAAAUCUAUUUAUGUCUAAUUGCAGUAAAAAUGGAACAGAAUCAAUCAAGUAGUGGUAGCUAUAAUUUAUUUGAAUGAAGGUAGUUACAUUUACAUUAUAAUUGCUGAGUCAAUCUGUAAAGGUUUUAGAUACUAGAAGUUUAUAGAAAGUUUUGGGUACUUUGGUUGGAUAAGCAGUUUGACAUUUAAUCAUGCAGUUCAAUUGUACAGAGAAGCUGAAAGCAAAUGACUGAUGUGUACAGGUGGUACAAUAUAGAUAAAUGGUAAGAUAAUCCAGGGCUCGAAAUACUUUUUCCUGCAUAUGUGCACUGGUGCAGGUAACAUUGAAAAUUACCUGCACCAGACAGAUUUUACCUGCACUACUCAGAAUUUUGCAAGUACAUGUAUGAACAGUACUGAAUACUGUUCAGAAACCACUACCAUUAUUUCCUUUACACUUCGUAGGUGUUCACAUUUAAUACAGCUAAUGAAAAUAAACAUGAACCUAUGUGCGUAUCAGAAAUACCUGCACAGCCACAAUUUUUUUACCUGCACUAAGGUGCCGAUGCACCCAGUAUUUCGAGCCCUGUAAUUUAAGUCGUAACAUGUGCUCCAGAACUCCAAAGAAUGAUGGACAUUUCAGGAUCUUUUAGUAAUUUUUAUGCUUGUGUGAAAAAGUGUCAACAUACCUUAUGUAUUGAUUUGUUAUUUAUUUGUUGAUUCAAGAAAUGACAACCGCUUCUUCCGUGUCAUCAUGUGUAUGUUGUACUAUUAAUAGUUUACAUGUACAAGGAAACAAAAGGCUACAAACAAACUGCCAUAUGUAAUUUACAUACAUGAUUAUGAGAUUUUUAUUACUAAACUCAAACUUUGCUUUUAUUGACUGAACAUGAUAACCAAUAUGGCUCCACAAUUUAAUUAUUGUCAUUGAGACAACUAAAAAAAAUCGUUAAAUGACAUUAACAUUGAGUUAUAAGUCUGUUUACAAAUCAUCAAAUCCCCAAGGACAAAAAUUAUAAGACUAGGUGAUGAUUGGGUAAAAGGUUUCUUCGUCACAACCAUAAGACACCAAGCCAAAAUUAGAUAUUCACUAUAAAAAGGGUUUUGGAGUUAACCUUGAAUUGCAAUGUAGGAUUGUACCAAUGUAGGUUAUAUUUUAACCCUUUCAAUAACUGUACAUAUACAUGAUGAGACAAAAUUAAAUACAUAUGUAGUGUGUCAACUGGCCACACCAAUUUAUUUUCAUGGUUCUUGAAGAUCUGCAGGAAAACAUGGAAUGAGUGGGAAAAUUUGAAAACGAUAAUAAAACAUGCUUGGACAUUC